GAACAACACAACACAAACCCAAACCACCCCACAAAGAACAUGGUUAAUCAUCUCGUCUUCGAAUGCGGUCACCGCUUCCCCGAAUUCCCCUCCAAGCUCAAGAAACUCAAGAGAGCCCUCAGCAUCCGACGAGCGCUCAGCAAUAAGGCCAAGGUUCCCAAAGACAUUCCACGCGAAGGGCUCUGCAAAGUUUGCGCUGAGUAUUCAGUCCAGGACUUCCUCGCGGGAGCAACCCAGACUCAAUACUCCAACAAAACUUUCGCAGACCUUCAGCAGGAGCGCGUCGCGGCAGCGAUCGCAGCAGCUCAGGAGACAGCAGAGCGAGAAGAGGAAGAAGCCGAGGCGGCAGCCCAGAGAGCCAAGACUUCAGCAUCUCAGCACCAGAUCAAGCGCAAGCCGGUUCCUCAACAGUCAAUCGAGCGCAAUCCCGUCCCGCAGCAAGCCACUCGCAAUCCAAACAUCAGAUUCUUCGACGACGACGAAGAGAGCCAAGACACGGAGUGGCUCCUCGCGAAGGACCAUCAACAAUAGGCAGUCAUCGCAAAUAGCUGACCUCAUACUUUGAGCAGCUAUAGCGAGCCGGACAAACCUCAAAUUAGGGAAGAAGAGAACGUUAGAAACCCGAGAA